AAUGAUCUGAAUGACAUACAAUUCAAUAGCACCGCUGUAACAUGGAACUCACCUCGUGGCCCGGAUGAUCUCUAUUCCCCACGUUGGCAGCGUGGAAUUGGUCCCAAGAAAGAAGGGCUGUGUCCCCUGUGUGAUCCCACCAGUGAUGUCUCCAUAUCUAUACGUAACAUGUGGCUCAAAACGAAAACAAGUCGCUUUUGGUAAGUUCUAAAAGCGCAAGUUUGUGAUAACCUUUGGGAGCAACAUGAUCUCAUUACAAGACCGUUUAAACACAAGGUAUCAUAUGAACUUUUACCACGGAAUAUCCGCCUCAAAUGGAAGACCCUACUCACCGCCCGUAAGGCUGAGAGCGAUAGACAGAGAACAUACGUCAAAUACAGGAAAGCACGUCAUCGUUCAUCAGGGAUACUGUGGCCAGUGCGGACAAUGGGUGGAUCUUCAAGCAAGGCAGCCGUUGAUGGUACCGGAGCUGAAGGUUAGAAAACUCAGAUGAUGGUUAGCUUUGUAGCAUGGUUACUCAUUUCGGGCAAAUACCAGUGGUGGAAACAUACCCAGAAAUGUCAUGUGUUAGGCGAAAGAUAUCAAAUUAGUGAUGUAAAAUGUCUAGCAACACCAUCCAU